UGAUCUUAGUAAAUUUUCAAGGGCUGUAUCCUUACACCCUUUUGCAAACAAACGUUGCAAGACAAAACAUAUAGAAAAUUGAAAAGCGUUCUCUUAGAAACGACGUUUAAAUGAAAGCAGACAUUGUCACUGUGUGUAAGACCCCACGACAUGUACUUUUACGUGACAUAAAGACGAGCAUGUCCUCAAGCAGACGAUAUUUACAAUCGUAAAUUCUUUCACGAGCUUCAAUAAUAGUCGGGAGAUGCUUUAGUAGCAGAUUUCAGUCGUACUCAACUCAUUUUACCAUUAAAGUGUCAUAAAUGGACAUAUGUAUUUCAUCCCCGUGAAAACGUUUGCUUUUUGAAUGUUCGACUGAACAGUUUUUUUCAUCGUCGACACGUGUCACUCACGACUCUGUUAAAUGCAUCGUUUUUUACCAAGAUAAAAAUAUCACUGAACUAGGGCGACGUAACAGACUGUAUAUAGAGAACAUUAUUUUCGUUGAUAUAACGGCUGCUGAUAAGGGACCAAAAACGACAAAUGUGAUCUUGAUAUAUUCGUACGACGUGACGAUUUCUUGUUGUUUUCGUGUGAUAGCUUAUUUCUUAUCGAGUAAAAACUGGCAAAACAUACUGCUGGAUCUGUUAAAAAAGUUCUUAAGCAUCUUUAAGAUACUAUCAGGGCGAGAAAAGUACUACAAGUUACGUUGAAAAGACUUGUAAACUACAAGAACCGUCUUUGUUUUAAUGUCUACGGAAAAUGCUUCUGGAACAUCUCCAAACAAGGCAGUAGCCACUACUCUGGCAAUUAUUGCUACUGUUUGUUGGUGCGUGCAACUUAUUCCCCAAAUCAUAAAAAACCAUCGAGCAAAGUCUACGGAGGGGCUCGACACCCUGUUUAUGCUAAGUUGGGUUGUAGCAUCAAUCUUCAUGGCAAUUUAUAAUUUCACACAGAACUUGAACAUUGCGUUAAAACUUCAACCCGAACUUUUUCAUGUACUGGCACUCAUUACCUGGUUUCAAUGCCUUGUAUAUGGAGAACGGUGGAGCAGGAAAAGGGCCAGUAUGGCCGUUAUUGUUUGCAUAGCCUCGUCCGUAGGUAUCCAACUCGUGGCUAUUCUUUUAAUUAAGAUGGGCAUUCGUCGAGGAGUAACAUGGCCAACUAUUCUCGUCGGUGUGAUAAUGACAAUUUCGGUAAACGUUGGUUUUGUACCUCAAUACAUAGAGAUUUUGAAAGCACGCUACGUUCGUGGAAUCUCAUAUUUAUUUCUUUUCAUUGACUCUUCUGGUGCGUUAUUAUCAUUCAUUUCACUUCCAUUUGAGAAAUGGGAUGUGCUAGCCGCCGUUGAUUAUGGGUUACUGUACAUUUUGGAGAUCGGAAUUUUUGUCAUGGCCUUUAUUUUCAAUUAUAUUUAUCGUGGAAGAUUAGCUCGCAGCAGCGACGAAGGUGACCAGACAAAAACAUCAAUGGCAAGCAAUGAGGUCAUGAAUGAGGAACAGGUUAUUGGUUUUGAGUUGCAACCUCCAACUAAACAGCCUGUCGCUUAUACUCUCACGAACACCGAAUCUCCUUGAUCAAGGAGAACAGAUUGUUAAUAAACGUAUGUUGGAAUUGCUAGGGCAUACAGGCAAUUUCGAAACGAUUUUGAAUGACAGACCAAUCAAUCAUUUUUGACCAGGUUAUGAUGUACUCAUCCAAACCAGUGGGUCCGAAGUCAAUGAAAUAGGCAUGUUGCCAAAGACAUAAAUUCAGCAGCGGCACGAUGGAGUACUCACGCGUUUGCAUUUCCACAUCUGGUGUUUCAGGCACCAAAUGUGGAUCUAAUGACUGCCAUCGACCUUGGACGAAUGGCGUUCCUGCUUGAAAUGUACGUAUAAUUUUCAACUGCUCAAAAUCAUCCAUAACUAGCCAUAUCCAUGCAGCACCAAAUGUGUUGUUUGCCAGUUGCGUGAUUUUUUCCAGCAUUGUGUCUAACGAACCAAAUGUCGUCUGGAUAAGAUUAUGGAGUUUCGGAUACUUUGACAAAACGUGCUUCUUUGGAGAAGCCGAAAGUGACUGAAAAAAGAAAUGAUUGUUGAAUGCUUGGCUGGCAUAUUGAAACGUUGCGGCUUGUUCUGGGAGAGAAGCCGUUCUUAAUAAAAUCUUAAACACAGAUUGAUCUUCCAUAUCAGUACCUUUGGUUCUAUCAUUUAGAGCCUUUAUAACCUGGGACUGAUGACUUGUCCAUGCAAGGUUGUAGCCUUCUUUAGAGAAAAGUGGUUCCAAGUUUGUCUCGCUUAAGGUGGGAACAUUGUGAUAAAGUCGUUUCUGCCAGUUUUUAUGUCCUACACGAGUAAAUGGUAUUACGGUGAGCUUUUUUUUAUUAGCAAGACAGAGCCCACGUUUUAAAACAUUGAAAAAUGAAUGAAAAUGUAACAUGAAAAAAGAAAUUAAAGCUUCUGAAAAGAGACUAAUCUAACACAUUAAGUAAUCCAGGGACAGACGUGUUUAUUUGACGUUAAUUUAGGUAGUAA